AUGCUAAAGCUUAAAGGAGAAUUUCGAGCUGCCAAGGGACUGAAAGAAGAGGCCGGGGAGAGAGACAGAGACGUGAACAAACUGAACAGCAAACUCUUGAGCCUGCAAAUGGAUAUCAAGAAUCUCCAUGAUGUCUGCAAGAGACAGGGGAAGACCUUGCAAGAGAACCAGCUAUGUGUGGAGGAAGUCAUGAUGAAUAACAACCACAACAAGAAUCAAGCCCAGAUACUGACAUUCGGGGAGACCCAGAUAGACUUCAGGUCCAAUAAGCAGUGUCAUCUGCGGCAACUACAGCAACUGAAGAAGAAGCUGCUGGCCCUGCAACAGGAGCUGGAGUUCCGCACGCAGGAGCUUCAGAGCUCCUAUUGCUCCCUCCUGCAGUACCAGUCGAUCCUGGAGAAGCAGACUUCCGACCUGGUUCUUCUUCACCAUCACUGCAAACUCAAGGAAGACGAGGUCAUUCUCUUCGAGGAGGAAAUGGGGAAGCAUAAUAAGCACACAGGGGAGAAGCUCCAUCUGGCUCAAGAGCAGCUUGCCUUGGCAGGGGACAAAAUUGUCUCCCUAGAAAGGAGCCUAAACCUCUACAGGGACAAGUACCAGACCUCCCUGAGCAACAUCGAGUUGCUGGAGUGCCAAGUGAAGAUGCUGGAGGGGGAACUCGGCGGAAUCAUCAACCAGGAGCCUGAGAACAAAGGUGACCACUCGAAGGUGCGUAUCUUCACUUCUCCGUGCAUGAUUCAAGAGCAUCAGGAGACCCUAAAGCGACUGUCUGAAGUUUGGCAAAAGGUCUCUGAGCAGGAUGACCUAAUCCAGGAGCUUCGGAACAAACUGGCCUGCAGCAAUGCUUUGGUUCUGGAGCGUGAGGAGGCUUUGAUUAAACUACAAGCUGACUUCGCUUCUUAUACAGCCACCCACAGGCAUCCCCCUACCUCCUCAGAAGACUGCGAGGACAUCAAAAAGAUCCUGAAGCACCUGCAGGAGCAGAAAGACAGCCAAUGCCUGCACGUGGAGGAGUACCAGAACCUUGUGAAGGACCUGCGCAUGGAGCUGGAAGCCGUGUCAGAGCAGAAGAAAAACAUCAUGAAGGACAUGAUGAAGCUGGAACUGGACCUACACAGGCUGCGGGAGGAAGCAUCAGCAUGCAUUGAGAAGAAAGACAAGGAGAUUGUCAUCUUGCAGCACCGGCUGCAGGACCUGCAGCAGCAGUACACAGAGACACAGAAGCUGGCCCUAAAGAAGGAGAAGCUGCUCCAAGACAAGGAUGAGAGGCUAAAUGAGAUAGAGAAGAAGCUGACACAGGUACAGAACACCCUCAUGGAGAAAGAGCUGGAGACGGAGAAGCUACAGUGGGUGACAAAAGACCUCGAGGCACGUGUCCAGGAGGCAAAGCAGGACACAUGCAAAGCGGAUUAUGAGAUCCUGCGGGUCGAGGCCCAGAAACUAAAGGAAACUCUUGAGGAGACCAAAGAGCAGCUAAAGUUGUCAGAUCAGAAUCUAGCCCAUUGUAAGGAGGAAGCACAUCAGGCUAGAAGCAACCUAGAGGAAUCUCAGCGGAAGAUCGAGAACUGCCUUUUCCAGGACAAGCAGAAGGAAGAUACCAUCAAGAAUCUGGAGAAGCAGGUGAAGAAGCUGCAGAUGGAGUCUGUGGCAGCUGAAGAGGAACUAGCAAGCAACAGGAAACAGAUAGAGGACCUGACCUCAAGAUUCAAUGAGGGCCAGAGGAAGCUUGCAAAUUCCGACAAGGAGAACAUGCUUCUCCAAAAGACACUAGAUGAGGAUGAAAGAAGACUAAACAACUUGCUUGAUAGUGCCAAAUUUUCUGAGCAAAAGCAAAGGGAACUAACAAACACCAAAAACAAGCUGGAAGAGGAGUUUCAGGAGAUAAAAGGGAUGCUGUUGGAGAAACGGGAACAACUGAAAAAGAGCAAGGAACAGGAAAGGGCCCUGGAGGCAGAAAUUGAGGCUUUGCGACACGAAGCAAAAAAGAAAGAAAAGAUGGCAAAAGAGCAUUUGAGGAAGCUGGAAGACGAGAAGGAGAAUCUCCAGACAGAACUGAAUGUCUGUACUUCACACCUGGAAUCCUCCAUCAACAAAUACAACACCUCCCAGAAAACCAUCCAAGAGCUCAAUGUAGAGAUAGCCCGCCAGAAAGAUUCCAUCAUGAUUCUGCAGACGCAGCUGGACUCAGCCAUUCAGAAGGAAAAGAACUGCCUCCAGACCAUGGUCAGUAAAGAAGUCUAUGAAGAUGUCUUGCGGAAGUCGGGCAUCUGCCAAGAUGAUCUGACGAAAGCCUUGGAGAAGAUCACUCAUGCAACCUCCGAGACAAAGAUCCUGCAGCGCAGCUUGCAACAGACCCAAGAGAGGAAAGCUCAGCUGGAAGAUGAAAUCAUGGCUUAUGAGGAAAGGAUGAAAAAGCUCAAUGUGGAAUUAAAAAAACUACAGUGCUUCCACAAGCAGAGUGAGCAAGAGGUGAGCACCUUUGACAAGAAACUGGAAGAGAUGAGCAGCCAGGUGCUGCAAUGGCAGAAGCAGCACCAGUGUGAUCUCAAGAUGCUGGCAGCUAAAGAGACACAGCUACGGGAAUUCCAGGAGGAAAUGACUACCCUUAAAGAGAACCUCCUUGCAGAUGAGAAGGAGCCAUGCUCCGUGUCCCAAAGGGGAACAGCCAAAGAAACCUGUAGGCUCCACCGGGAGAAUGAUCAGAUUAUGUGCAACAUGGAACAAUGGGCAAAGGAGCAGAAGAUUGCCAAUGAGAAACUGGGAAGCAAGCUGCGAGAACAGAUCAAAUACAUCGCCAAGCUGACUGGGGAAAAGGACCAACUCCACAACAUAAUGGUCCAUCUGCAGCAAGAAAACAAGAAGCUGAAGAAUGAGAUAGAAGAGAAGAAGUUAAAGGCUGGAAACACGAGGCCCUGUGCCAAAGCCCUAGGCCCAUGCAAACUGGAACACUCCCCAAAGGGGAAAGUAUGCAGUCCACUGGGCUGGAGAGGACUAUCCCAGGACAUCCCGCCAAAAAUGGACAUCACCAAGUACACUGGAGUGUCCUACUUCUCGGGUAUGUGUGCCGCUUGCUCUUCGGUGCUGUAA